CUCCCAGUUGUCUGUUGACAAACGUGACCAAAUGCAUAUCUCUGUCCCGUCGCCAAAUGGAAUAAAAUGUAACUUUACAGGAUUUUGUCGAGGUUGCGAGGCUUCAGGUGGAAUCUUCAUGCAGCUGUAAAUCUACUUUAAACCGUGACCAUGCUGAAAUGGUUUUCUGGAGAAGAGGGAGAGCCUGGCUCUGUGGGCCCAGGCUCUCCCCGGGGUGCUGCUGCAGGUAGAGAAGUUGCUGUUGAAGAAAUGGCAGAACGCCUGGCUCAGACUGAGCAGCUCGUCGCUCAGCUGAAGGAGAUGAUCCGAGAGAAAGAUGCAGCACUUCGCUCCAAAGAUGACCAACUUAAGGUGGAGAAGGAGACAUGUGAGGCCAAAUUGUCAAAGCUACGUCUGCAGAACAAAGCAAAGGUGACCUCCCUCACCUCUCAGCUGGAGGAGCUGAAGAAAAAGCAGGGAGAUCAGGGCACGCCGACACACAGCAAAAAGGGGUCAGAAGGAGGGGAUCAAGCCAGUCGGGGAAAAAUCGUCCUGCUGAAGAAGAAAGUUGAGGAGUUAGAGCAGCAACUUGCACAAAGAGGGGAGGAACUGGAAAACAAGACAAAGGAAGUUGAGUUUCAGCGUCAACGAGGUGAAGAAAUGGAUGCCAUGCUGACGGAGAAAGACAGGAAGCUGGCAGAAAAAGAGGCCUAUAUUGUUCAUCUGCAGACAGCAUUAGGAGGAGAUCAGCCAGUUGUACCUGCACCACAGCAAAAGGUGACGGAGGACAGUGGAGCAAUGCAGGAGCUGCAGCUGUUGGUGCAGAGUCUGACCAGGAAGGUGGGGGAGUCUGAGGAGCGUUACAGUUUGCUGCAGGAGCAGGCAGACAGCCUCAAAGGGCUGCUGGACUCGGAGAAGGAGCAGUACAGUCAGAAGGAGAGCAUGUACAAACAGAACAUCCAGACAUUCAAAGACAUCAUCAUUCAGAAAGAUAACCAGCUGAUGGAGAUAAACCAGAUUCACGAGCAGGAGCUCUUCAAGCUUGCAGCUAAGUCUGAUGCCAGUGCAGACUUAGAGCAGCUUCUGAAGGCUCUGAAACAGAAGCUUCACGAGAAAGAGGAGGUGCUUCUGGGUAAAACUCAGGUCAUUGAUGUUCUGCAGGGAGAGGUGGACGGCAGGGACCAACAGAUAAAGGAACUCACAGAGCGUCUGCGACGGCUGCAAGUAGAAAGAGAGAGCCUGGAAUCAAAGAUGGAGGCGGAGAAGCAUGUGAUGAGAGCACAGCUUCGGGACCUGAUGGAGAAGCAGAGGGUGGAGGUGCAGAGGAUGACGGAGCAGCAUCAGGCUCAGAUGGCCCAAACACAGCAGGACCUCCUGGGGCAGCUGGAGGAGCUGAGAAGGGCCCCUGUAACAGCGCCACCUGCCAGUCAGGAGGUGUCGGGAAGUGGAAGCAUCUCAGCAGAGUCUGUAUCAGCGGAAAGAAUAGCUGAGCUUGAAGCCCAAGCGAAGCAGAAAACAGAAGAAGCCAGCAGAUCUGAGGCAAAGUUCCUGAAAAUGAAAGCCUGGUCUAAAUCUCGGAUCAGACAGUUGGAAGAAGAGUUAAAGAAAAGCCAGGCUGGGGUUGCCCCUCCAGAUCUGAAUGCCCUGCGGUGUCAAAUCACAGCGCUGGAGGAGGAGAGGGAGGAAAACCUCUGGAAAGUGGAGCAAUAUGAGGAGCUCAAAGCAAAGAAUGAAAUGCUGGAGGCUAAACUGGUUGUAUACGAGGAGCAGCAGAGAACAUUACAAGCAGACCUGGAGCAGUUCACCAAGAGGGCUGCUUCUCAGACAAGUGAGUCAGGCAGCGCUGAUGACACUCAGAGCCAGGUGCUGGAGUGGCAGGAGAUGGUAGCCGAGGCGGUCAGUGCCAGAGACCGGGCCAAGGAGGAGAAGGCUGCCAUGGCGCUCCGCAUCAGCCACAUGGAGGAAGAAAGAGAGGCACUGGCCUCUCGGCAGCAGGAGUUGGAGGAGGAGCUGGCUCAAGCUCGGGGGCUCGGCCAACACAGAGCCAAGAAGCUGACAGCUCCAGCUCAACGAAGUCUGCAGGAGGAUUUUGAAUUCGACGGGCAGGCCCCGUUCCAGGACCCACGGAGCACCUCAGAGAGCACGACCCCGAUGGAAGGAGAGAACAUGGGAGGUUGGUGGCCCGAGUACAGUUCUCCUGACACAGGUGUGGAACCUGCUAGACAGUUUACACCGGCAUGCACACGGUCAUCUGCACAUCACUUUGGGAAACUUCAGUUGCCUUUGGAUGGUUUGCGUUCGGUCGUAGAGGAACUAGAGCUGGAGAGGAACCAGCUUCAGGAGCAGAUACUGAGUCUGGAGGAGCGCUGUCAAGACCUUGAGGAUCGGCUGCAGCUGCAAGCUCGCAUUGAGUCUUUGCAGGUGACGUUUGAUGUAGAUGAAGAUGAGCAGCCGUUUUGGGUCUCUCAGAAUGAGUCAGAGAAACUACAGGGCCAGCUUGCCAGCAUCAGAAGUCAGCAGAGCAGAGAUGCAGAGAAACAUCAGCUGCUGGUAAACAGUCUCAACGAACAGCUCAAAGGAUUGAGUAAUACACAAGAGUGUCUGGAAAGUUCUCUCAUUGAGAAGGAGAACACGUUAGCCAAGACGUCUGAGAAACUCGAGCUCAUCAGCAGCCUGCGAGAGUCUCUGAGUGAAAAAGAAGUUCAGUUUAAAGAGGUGUCGGACAGACUUCUUCAGACGGAGCAUACUCUUGAGAACGUUUCUAAGAAACUCAGCAGCUCAGAGAAACAGCGCUCUGAGUUGAAAACAGAAGUCGCUGACGUCACUCAGAAGCUGAAUGUGCUGAAGGAGAAGACACAAAAGCAGGAAAUUACCAUCGAAACCUUGCAAACUGACCUUGAUCAGACAAACGAGGAGCUGGACAAACUAAACACCGCCUAUUUGGAAGAGCGAGCCCAGCUCAUCCAUGAUCUCCAGAGCUGUGAGCGGGAAAUUGACAGUCUCAAAGAUAUCCUUAUGGAAAAGGACAAGGAGAUAUCGACUCUCUCUGGUAACAUGGUGGAGUAUGCGGAGCAGAUCACGGUACUGAAGCAGGAGAUCAAACUGAAAGAAGAAAACCUGGUUCAAGUAGAAAACGCCCUGAGUAAAGCAGAGCGGGAGGCCAUGAUUAUGAGAGAGUCACAAAAUUCAGACCAGCAAGCUCUGGACAGCAAGAUGACAGAGCUGAUGGGGAACCUGAGGGAUGCUGAGACAGAGCUGGUGAAGGCCAAAGAGGAAAGAGCGUCAAAGGAGGCGGAUGUAGAACAUCUGAUAAAGCAAACAGAAGAGGAUAAGAAAACGAUUCAGGAGCUUCGAGGGGAAAUCCAGAAACAUCUUGUGAGCCACCGCAAUCAUCUCUCUGAAUGUGAAUCACACAUAAAUUCACUAAAGGAACAGCUGAGUUCAUCUAACCAAAAGCUAAAGGAGUCAGAAGGUCUCAUUCUAGACCUUAAAGACAAAAAUACCAGCAAUGAGCAACUACAGCAGCAGCUGAAUGACAAAGAACAGGCUCAUGAAAAAGAGCUUAAAUCUCUUAAGGACGAACAAAACCAACUUCUAGUGCAGGUGGAAAAGUACAACAAUGAAAUGCAAACAUUAUCCAAACAAUUAGAGGAGCAUGAGCAGAGUGAGAGUCAAGUCAAAAAGGAGGUUCAGGAGAAAGUAGAAACCAUAACAGUUCUGGAAAACCGACUGAAGGAAGCUGAUAAACAAGCCGACGACGAGAGGCAGAAAUUCAACAAUGAGCUGCAAAUCAGGGUUUCAGAAAACAAAAAACUAAGCAGUGAGCUUCAAAGUAAAUCUGACAAUAUCUCCAAACUCAAGAGUUUAUUAAAAAACAUGAAGACGGAGAAAAACCAGCUGCAAGAAAAACUCACAGGGCUGACGGAGGAGCUCGAGCUGCAAAAGCAGAAUGCGAAUGAACUCAAUGAAAAGGUCAAAGCUGCUUCUGAACUUCAAUCCAGUCUGGAGAAUCAAGUGCAAUGCCUUACAAAAGAGAAGGGAAAACUCGAGCUGCACAUGACUGAAAGUGUAAAAACCAUUUCAGAUAUAACAGCAGAAAAAGACUCCUUGCAGGCCAAAAUAUCAGAUUUGGAAACACAGCAAACAGAGAACAACAAAAUAAUUGAAGGCUUGCAGAGAGAAAAAGAGGAAUUGAAUGUUCAAACUCAUGAGUUAAACAGAGUUCUUGAGCAAAGCACACACUCAAACUCAGAGAUUCUUCUAGAGAAAACAAAUGAAUGUAGUAAUCUGAAGCAGUCACUCAGGGAAAGAGAAGAGACGGUGACACAGCUGCAGGAGAAAGUGCAAAACUUGAUUUUAAAGAUGGAGCAGCUUCAGCGUGAUGUGGCAGAGAAAGAUCAGGUUGUUGCACAGCUGCGUGCACAAUCAGAAGCCCAACAAAACGAGCAAAUACAACUUCAGGAGACUUUAUCAUUGCUACGAGAGCAGGAGAGCAGCCUGAAGUCCGGGUUACUGGAGAAGGUUAAAGCGUUGAAAGAGACAGAGGAUGAAAUAUCAAACCAGAAAAGUCUUGUUUCAAAGCUGCAGGCAGAAACUGAAUCACUGAAUGACGGAUGCUCAAAACUUCACCAGCAAAUAAAAGAGAGGGAGGAAAUGUUGAAGGAUGUGAAACAGCAGUGUGAUGAACACAAAGAGGAGCUCAAUGAUAAAAACAACAAGAUUAAAUCUAUGAGCGACCAAAUCAUAGCAAUGGAAGAAAAUGCCAGAAAGUUGGAGUCUGAAGCGGAGAUGAAGCAAGUAGAGGUGGCUCGCUUAAGCAGCCAAAUCCAGGCUAUGACAGAGGAGAACAACCAGCUUCGUGCUGCUUGUGAAUCCAGUACAAAGGAGCUUUCUCAGCAGUCACAUGCACUCUCAGAUCUCGAUGGACAACUUAAGGUGACUCUUGAACAAAACUCCAGUUUUAACGCAAAGAUCAGCAGCCUUACAGAAGCUAAUCAGAAACUACAAGAGGAGUUAGAGCUGAACAUCAAAUCUGUUUCUGAACUAACCACAGAGAGAAAUUCACUUAAGGAGCAACAUCAUAGGCUUGAAAUGCAGAUCUCAGAGACUCAUAGAACACUUGAAAGCCUGUUAAAGGAAAAAGAGACGCUAACAUUUGCAGCUGAAGAGUUAAAAAAGAUCCUGAAGGAAAGCGAGGAAUCAAACACCGCAGGUUUGCUUGAGAAAACAAGCGAAUGUGUCAAUCUUUCAAGAACAGUGCAAGAGAGAGAAGAGCAGCUUCAAAGUCUUCAAGAGCAAGUUAAAGACUUGGAAAACAAAGUCAGUCAACUCAAUAAGUCUCUAAAUGAGAAGGAAAGAGCAGUGUCAGAGCAGAGUUCACAAUUGGAAGCUCAGCAGAACCAAAUACUGCAGCUUCAGGACACCGUGUCUAUGCUUCAGGAGCAAGGAUCUGUCCUCAAGUCAGCGCUGAUGGAAAAAGACACAGUGCUACAGAAGAAAUCUGAGGAGUGGAGUGCUUUACAGAACGAGGCCAUGCUGCAGAAAGGCAUCUUAUCGCAGACGCAGAGCAAGGUUGAAUCACUCAGGCAAGAGUGUUUGCUGAAAAACCAGCACAUAGAGCAGAAAGAGCAGGCUUUAAAUGGUGUGAUAACAGAGCUACAAAACCACAAAGAUGAGCUGAAUAAAAGAAAUGAAUCUGUGGUUUCACUUAGCAGCCAGCUUGGUGCAAUGAAUCAGAACUCAGCAGAGAUGGAGGUUGAACUUUAUAACCUUAAGAGCACUGUGCAGCAACUCACAGCAGAAAACCAGCAGCUGACUCAAGAAGAGAACCAAAGGAAAGCAGAGAUUGUUGAUUUUAAGGAUAAUAUUCAGGCAAUGAACGAACAGAAUGUAAAAUUAAAAUCUGAGCUUCAGAAAAUGGUCACAGAAAUGUCCAAAAUACAGAAAGAUGGAGAGAGCCUCAAAGAGGAGCUCAGAAUAAUGCAGUCAGAGAAGGAGGCACUUCAUUUGACCAUGCAAGGAAAAGAUGACUCCCUGAAUCAGCAGGAGAGUUUAAUUCAGCAGCUUAACAGCAGAAUUUUUGAGCAGGAGGAGCACAUUAAAAAGAAAGUAGAUGAUAAUGUCAGCUUAAGUGCAAAAGUGUCAGAGCUUGAAGAUUCAGUUUAUAACCUAAAGGGUCAAAUUGACAGUUUAACUUCAGAGUCUUUACAACUGAAAAAUACUUUAGAGAAAACAGAAGAGUCAAGCAUUGAAUAUCAGAGUCACUCUAAAGCUGCAGUUCAAAAUCUUAAUUCAAAUCUAAAAGCCAAAGAGGGUGAGUGUGAGAGCUUGAAAGAGCAGAUUUCACACCUUGAAGAAUCCAUCAUGAAGCUCAACAGCUCCCUCCAAACACAGACAUCUGAAGCUGAACAUCUGAAGAAGGCCCUGAAAGAGAAAGAUGCCUCUCUGCUGGAGCAGUCAAAGUCUCUUCAGGAUAUUCAGAGAAGAGCAGAUGAAGCUUUGCUCUUUAAAACCCAGUUCAUGGAAAGCACAGAGCUGGUGUCACAGCUGCAAAGUCAGAUUCAGUCACUGUCCAACGAGUCUGAAAACCUCAAGAAGUCUGCAGAGGAAAUGCAAAGUGCCUUCAACAACCUUCAAGAGAAGUAUGCAGCCAACUUAGAGGAGCUAAAAGAUGUGAAGAAGCAGCUGUCCCAAAGAAGUGAUGAGGUGUCAAACCUUCAGAAGUUGUUGGACGAUACAAACAAAGAACAUCAGGCGGCAAAGAGUGCGAUAGAAAUGCUGAGAAAUGAGUUAUCUGAGAUUCAUCACAAACUUGAAACAACUGAACACCUCAACUCAAGUCUGUCAAAGGAGAAAGAUGAAGCUUUGGAGUCUCAUCAGAAGAGCAUAUCGCUGCUGACUGUAGAGAUAGACAGAUUAAAAUCACAGCACCUUCAAGUUGUGGCACAAAUGAAUGCUUUGACAGAAAACCUCGAGCAGAGAGAAAUGGCGCUCCAUGCAAUCAACAGUCAGUACACAUCUCAGGCCAAACACACGUCUCAGCUGGUUUCAGAGAUGCAGAAACUUGAAGAGCAAAAUAAGAGACUCACUGAAGAGAUGAGUUUGUCGAAAGAAGAGCAUCAGAACCUUCUUACAGCUGUCAGGAAUGAAAACACACACUUGCAGGAGGAAGUUAGAAAAGUUUGUGAGGAGAAGGAAGAGUUGGAGAGAAGACAUCAUGAUGCACGGGCGUCGCAGGUUCAAAUGGAGCAGCAGUCCAGCAGCAUGAAUGAAACAAUGGAGAGAUUGAUGUCCGAGAGGGAGAACCUGCAAGCAAAGGUUAGUGCCAAAGACGAAGAACUCUCUCAGUUAAAACAGAACAUUCAGAAGGUAGAGCAAAUUCUGCAGGACUCAGAGAACGAGUGGCUCUUAGUUCUGGAUAGAGAAAAGCAGGACAAGAAUCUACUUACAGAACAACUGAGAAGUAUUGAAAAUGAAAUGAAGUCUAAAGAUGUUAAAGUUAAUGCUUUGAAGCAAGACUUGGACAGUUUGCAGGAGAAACUAGCCGAGGCAUCCUCUGCGAUUAGACAGGGUUCUGAUCAGUUGAGUGUUAAAGAGUUGGAGGCGUCAACAUCCAGGAUUCAGCUUGAGAAGGUUUUAGCAUCUUUCCAGGAGAAGGAGAAUGUCAACAGCAGUUUACAGCAAGCUUUGAGAGCAGCAGAACAGGAGUUACAGAAACUUUUAACAGUGAAAAAUGACACGAAUAAUGAUUCCUCUACGGAGAGAGUGGCUGCUUUUAAUACAGAAAAAUCCUCCUUACAGGACAUGAUAAAGCAAUUAAAAGAAGGGCACCAGUGUGAGGUAGAGUCUUUAAAAAUUGAGCUGGAUAAAACAGUCACAGAACUACAACAAACCAAGAAAACACUUAGUGAAGGAAUGAGGAGUAAUGAGGAGAAAGGACAGCAAGUUUCUCUUUUCAAAGAGAUGGUAGAACAUCUACAGACUCAGCUAAGCACCGAAUCAGAGAAGGUAAAAGAAGCUAAUGAUGAACAGUCUUCUUUACGCAAAGAAUUGCAAUUAAGGGAAGAGCAAAUGAACUGCAUGAGCAUUCAAAUAAGUCAGCAGAAGGAGCUACUAGCAGGAUUAAGUCAGCAAUUAAGGGAUAAAGAUGCGUCCAUCGCCCAAGUCAUGGAAGCAGCCUCCAAUGAGAGAAUGAAACUCACUGAAGAGAAAACAUCCCUGAACGCUCAGUUAGAAAGCUUGGAGCAAGAACACAAAACUUCUGAAAAGAGGCUUGAAGAGAUUUCCCUACAGCUUGAGGAGCAUGUCUCACGCUCUCAAAACGAAAUUGAAACAAAGAAUUCAGAGAAGCUGGAGCUGAUUAAGAAAAAUGAUGACCUGAAGAGUGAACUACAGAAAGUUUCUAAGGAGAAAGAAGCAACCAAGAAGAAGCUUCAAGCUGCUCUUGUUGUCAGAAAAGAUCUCAUGAAGAAAAUAGAGCGGUAUGAAAAUGAAAAAGAAGAGAGUGAGAAAAAUAAAACAGACGUUUCACUUUUAGAAGAAAAAAUACAGGAAGUUUCAAAUCAAGCACAAGAUGCUGCAAAAAUGUACGACGAAAAGGUUUCCCUGCUUGAAAAGAAAAUUCUUGAGAAUAAGGAAGAAAUGCUCAAACAAAAGACAGAAAAUGAAAGACUUUUAGAUCAACUGCAGUCAGAAAAAGUAACCCUGGAAGAAACUUUGAAUGAGAACAAAGUAACUUUGUCUGAAACACUGCAAACUUUGACUGAGAAAACCUCCAUCAUGGAGCAGCUUCAGUGCAGCGCUGCUGAGAAACAAGAAGCUUAUGAGCGAGACAGACACAGCUGGAUGCAGAAACUAGAAGAGCUUCAGAAUGAAAUGAAGACAUGCAAAGAAGAGUUAAAGGACAAGUCUUCAUCUGCCGAUGCUGCUGUUGAUUUAGAAAAUGAGCUUGCACAGAUGAAGCUUGAAAAGGCGAUGCUGCAGAAAAAGGCCCAGGCUGCUCUGUUGGCACGCAAAGAGACGAUGAAGAAAGCUCAAGAAAAUGACAAGAAACUAACUCAAGAACUUACUGAGCUGAAAGAUGACUACAAGGCCCUCUUGGAGCAACGCUGUCAGCAGACGAAUGAGCUCAACGCUGUCCAGUUAAACUUUGACGAGAAGGCACGAGAGCUGGAGGAGCUCCGUAAAACAGCUUUGUCUGAUCGAGAUGAGCUGGACGCUUUGAGACAGCUGGUUGAGGAGAGGGAUAAAACUCUACAGGACCUUAAAAUGUCCUUAGCUGAGAAGGAGAGUCAGUGCCAUUCACUGUUGAACCUACAAACAGAGCUGGAAAGUGUGAAAUCCAAGAAUGAGAGCAUGUCUCUUGAGAUGGUGAGCCAUUCUGAGGCCCUCCUGCUUAUGGAGCAGAGAGCAGAGGAUUCAAAGUCAAAACUUAACAUUGCAGAGAGAGAUUUGGAGAUUGCUCAUGCAGAGUUAAAAGUGAAAAAUGAAGUAGUGGAGAAAUACCAAGAAACAAUUAAAAUUGCUGAGCUCAAAAUCCAAGAAGAGAGGCAAGCUUUAUUGAAUGAAAGAAACACUUUGGAAACUCAGCUAAGCAUCUCUCGGUCUGCUGUGGAGGAACAUGAAGAGAAAAGCAGACUUUUGAUGGAGGAAAAUGAAGCUCUCCUGGAGAAAAUCACGCAGAUGAAAGUAGAACUUGAGGCAGCAGCUGCUUCAGUUUCACUGAAAUCCUCUGAGGUUUUAACCAUCCAAAAGACAUUAGCAGAAACACAACAGCAGCUCAGUGAGGCCAAAAUAACUUUAACUAAUGAGCUUGAAGAAGCACAAAUUCAGUGCUCUGAAAGAGAAAGCAAUUUGGAUUUGCUAAUGCAGGAGAAGGAAAAUGCUUUGAAUUUAGUAGACAAACUCCAAGAUGAAGUUAACACACUGAAUAAGCAGCUGAAGGAGCUGGAAAAUGUAAAUGAGCAACUACAUCAAAAGAAGCCUGAAACAUCCAUAAAACAAGAGGAUGUGAACAAAGAAGAAGGCCUCUGUUUGUCUUGUAAAUGUGCUGAAAAUUUUGAAGUGAAGCUAAAAGAGAAGGAGGUUGAUUUGUUAAAUUCUAAGGCUCAAGUUUCAGAAAAAGACGAACUGAUUGCUGCUCUUGAACUGCAAUUACAGCAGCAAAUUAAAGUCCAUGAAAGGGCCAUUGAAAGGAUCACAAAAGAGUCUGAUGAGCUUCAGAGAUCUCGAGAAAAUGGCACAAAGAUAAAUGAGCAGGACAGCCAAAGCAAAAUUGCUCUCUUAACUAGGAAACUUCAAGCUGCUUUACUUUCUAGGAAAGAACUCUUAAAGGAAAAUGCAUCGCUUAAGGAUGAUGUAGAAAAGCUGGCAGCCAAAAACCAAGAUAAAGAAGCUGAGCUUGGUGCUCUUGAGUCAUCUGUUUUGAAGUUAAAACAACAAAACAUGGACCUGGAAAACACUGUGCUGUCUCUUAACAAGGAAAAAGACAAGCUCAGCUCUGAAGUCGAUGGAAUCUCCAAUGACAAUCGCAGUCUUUCAGCAGCAUGUGAAAGCUUAAAGCAAACCAUAGAAAAUAUCACCCAGCAGAAAGAAGCCUUUUCCUGCCAGCUCGAAUCUCUGAAGGACUCUCAAACCGACGAGCUCUCCAAGUGGAAGUCCAAGCACGCUGAGCUGAAACAAGAGUACGAGUCUCUUUUACAAGCUUAUGAAAACGUCAGCAGUGAAAUGGAUAAGAUGAGGCAGCUUUUGGAAGGGGCCAAAAGAGAUCGACAGGAAGCUCUCCGAAAAAUCCACAAACAUGACACUGAGGUGGAGAUUUUGGAAAAACAGGCUAAAGAAAUGGAGGAGGAAAAUGUGAGAAUUAAAGAGAGGAUGCACAAAUUUUCUAAAGAGAAGCGGCAAAAGAUUGAACAGCUGGAGGAGGAGAAUCAGAAAAUCAGGAAAGAGCUGAAUGAGCUUGAAGAAAACCACAGAGUGUUGAUGUAUGAAUUGGUUGAUAAAAACCAACAGUUGGAGGCUGAGAUUUGCAAACUUAAAGAGUCAUCAGAGGGUCUAACAGAGAAGCUAACUGAUCUGCAGGCUGAAAAUAACAAACUGGCAGAAAAGGCUGGCGAAGUGAGCAGCUCACUGGAAAAGAAGCACUUGGAAUCAAAUGCAUACACAAACAACAUGCAGCUUAAACUUGACGAAGCUCUCAGUUUGAAUAAUUCACUCACGGCUCAGAUCGAGGCCCAGAAAACAGAACUUGGCGCUCAGUUGGAAAUCAACAAAUUGUUACAAAAGGAGAAGCAAAUGCUUUCUGAAAGGACUGACAAUAUACAAGCUGAUCAUGAACUGCAGUUGGGAAAGAAAGAUGACAACAUUAAAGAGCUCAAAGAUGUCAUCAACAAGCACAGCCAGGAGACGAUCAGCCUGAACGAGAAGGUGAGAAUCCUGGAGGACGAUAAGUCUCUCUUGCAGGAGGAGCUGGAAAAUGCUCAAGAGAUUUCCGACAAAGUGAAAAAUGAAAACGAGUAUCUGGAGACUGUGAUCCUCAAGAACUCUGAAAGGAUCGAUGAACUGACCGAGUCUGUAACUUUACUGCAGACCCAAAACAUGCAGCUGUCUGCUCAGUUAGCAGCUAGUGAGGAGAUGAGCAGCAAAGUUCGUGAGGAAAAAGAGAAGGAGCAGCUCAAGUUAGUGCGGGAGUUUGAGGAGAAACUAAAGACGGUUCAGAGAGGCAACGAAGGGUCCAACAAUGUGAAGACAGAACUGAGAGAGCUGCUCAAAGAAAAGCACCAGGAGACCAAUCAGUUACAGCAAAACUGCAUCAAAUACCAGGAAGUGAUUUUAGAUUUAGAGAGCUCUUUGAAGACCUCAGCCUCAGCCUGUGAGCAGUUGGAGAAAGACCUGAAGAAAAGCUCUGAGAAAAUAUCACUUCUAGAGGAAAGGAACAAAGAAGUGGAAGCUGAUCUUGUGACGCAGAAGAAGCUUCUGGAGCAAACCAGUUUAGAGCUUCAGAAUGUUGAGUCUGAGAGAGACCAGCUGGCUCUGGUUAUAGAAAGAAAAAAGGCUGAAGAUGAAGUGAUGGAGAAAACAAAACCACAAAGUAGAGAUGAAAAACAAGUCAAUUCUUACAUGGAGAAUCAGCUUCUGUUACAGCAGCAGAUAGAUGACCUGAAUAACCUAAAAGACAAAGAAAGUCAGAAAGUUACUGAGCUGACACAGCAGCUAGACUCACAGGACCUUCAGAUAAAUACUCUAAUUAGAGCAGCAGAGACGAACGAGGCGAAGCUGAUGGCGUUAUCUGCUGCACCUCAGGGUGCAGAGGUCAACAAACUGUGGAAUGAUUUGUUCCAAAAGACACUACACGAGAAGGACAACCAGCUCCUGGAACAGGGUUUUGUUAUCAAACGAUUCCUGGAAGACAUGAGAGUGAAAGACAAAGAGGUGAAUGAACUUCGAGUGACCAAGUCGAGACUUGAGAGGACACUGAAUGAAUACUCAAUAGCUGCAGCUGCACAGCAGAGACAGCUGUUUGUAAUGAGUGCAAGUAAUGCUGAAUUCACUGAAAAUGUGGAGCUUUUGACAGUGCAGGUAAAGGAACUGAGUGCUCACGUUGAGAGAUUGGAAAAGGAUAAAAACACACUGAGUCGACAGCUUGCUGACAAAGAAGAUGUGAUGUCUCAACUGCAGCUGAAUCUCCAACAAACGGAGAAGAUAAAUGCAGACUCAGAUGCUCAGCUGCUGCUUUUACAGGCUAAAACUGACAAGCUUCAAGCUGACUUUGAGAAGCAAGAAGGGAUUUGUCUCCAGCUGAAAACUCUCCUACAUGGCAAAGAUGCUGAGAUCUCCUCCCUGCUGACCUGCAGAGAUGGACAGAUGUCAGGAUAUCUGGAGCAACUCCACGCUAACUAUCGCAACCAGGUAGCAGUGUACGAGGACAGGUUAGCAUCUUCACGCUACCAAAGAGAAAAGGCUGACAAGGAGCUGAGAGCCCUGGAAGCAAAGGCCAAGAGUCUGCAAAUUACAGUGAACCGGUCUCUGCAGGAGAAGGAGCAGAUGACUGCUAAGAUGGAGUCACUGAAGAACUCGAUGGUUUCGCUACAGAGCGAACGAGAGCGACUGAUUUCAGAAUAUCGAAUACUUGAAGCAAAGAGUCAGCUUGGCUUAGCAGGCAGAGAUGGAUCAUCUGACGGUGAAGGCGGUGCCACCAAAGGCCUUAAACAUGAAAUCCGAAAAUUGCUCAAUCAAAUGGACGAUCUGAACUCAGAGAACGCAAUGCUCAGGGCACAGCUGGUCCGCUACAGAGAGGACCUGAACCAGGUUUUAUCCCUGAAGGACAACCAGCUAAAGGUGCUGCUGAAGAAACAGCAGGAUGUCAUUAAAAACCUUGAAAACCAAAAAGCUGCAGCAGAAAAGCAGGAAAGAGAGUCUCGGCGUGAACUCCAAAAGGAAGAAGAAGCAGGCAACACAUUAAAAACAGAGAUUUCUAAACUCAAAGGUCAGGUUUCAAACCAGGAAGCUGAAAUAUCAACUCUCAAAAAAGAGAAGACCAUGACAGAUACAGGAAGGGUGAUCACUGAUUUGCAGGACGCUGUGGCAGCUAAAGCAGCUGAAUGUAAUGACCUCCAGCAGAGAAUUCUGUCUCAGAAAACACUAAAUGAUGAGCUAAUUGAAAAAAUGAAGCUGUUGGAGAAUGAAACGGACACUAAACUAGCUGAAGCUGAGGACAAAUACAACAGUGAGCUGGACACUUUUGAGCGCGAGGUGCAGCUGAUAAGGAACGAGCGAGAGACAGCUGAUCAGAGGGUGGCAGAGCUCGCCAAAGACCUCAUUGAAAUGGAACAACAGCUAUCAGAGGCUCAAACACAAAGCAAAGAAUCAAAAGCUCAAAAUGAGUCCCUAUGCAAAGCCAUGGCUGCUCUGCAAAGUGACAGAGACCAGCUGAUCGAAGACUUCAAGGUCCUGAGAAACAGAUAUGAUGAAGAACUCAGAGAGACUCAGGCAGCCUCAAACAAGGUUGAACGCAGUCUACAGGAUGCCACCUCUGACUUGGCGAUGUUCGCCAAAGAGAGAGAUAUCCUGGUUCAUAAACUGAACGCUUUAGAAAGCAAAGACGUACCUGCAGAGCUGAACAGGUUACUGGAUGAGCUGUCGAAGGCUUUGUCAGAAAAAGAGAGAGAACUGAAGCAGGUUAUUCUGGAAAACAGCACGUACAACAGGCAGCUGACAGCUUUCUCCAGAUCCAUGGCCAGCCUCCAAAACGAUCGGGACAGACUGAUGGAUGAGCUGAGAGGAGUGAAAAGAGCGACUGAAUCCAGACAAGGGUCAAGCCCAGAGGGUGUCACCUCCAUGAGUGAGGAGAAGUCAAAAGGAAGUGGUGUCAGUGCCCUCCACAAAGAGAGAGAAGGGCUGGAGACGAGCCAGGAGGUUUAUGAAUCACAGCACACAGAGAAGGAGGUGAAAACCCAAAGGAGACCCCUUGAAAAAGAAAUCCACCAGGAAGAAACUUCAGAACUGAGGUCUGACCCAGAGAGACCAGACACCGUACAAGUCAAGGAAACAGCUGUUUUGGCAGGACGCAGUGGAGCAGAGGAGUUGGUGCGUCAGUUUGAGGCUGAGAGGAGUCAGCUCCACGGCUCCCUGCAGCGCUGUGUGUAUGAGAUCCAACAAAGAGACCAGUACUUACUGCAACUCAACACCAAGCUGCAGCAGUCAGUGGAGGAGAAGGGCACGAUUGCCGCUCAGCUGAGGGCCGUUUCACAAACUCUUAGAGACACACAAAACCGCUGUCACUGGCUGGAAGGACAAGUCCACAGUCAGGCUCAGGGUUCAGUGUAUGCUGAGGUUGCACCUGGAGCCCCCCAGGAGAGGAGCAGUGACUCCAUGAUCGCCGAAACACCUGAAGCUCAUCAGCUCAGAGAGAGGUUGCUCGAGGUGGAGCAGAUUCUGGCAGAUGAGAGAGCGCGGCGAGAGACAGCUGAGGAUGCUCUGAGACUUGCUGAGGACAGAGCGAAGAGUGUUGGUUCCGGUCCGUCCAGAGACAGUCAGAGAGACUUCAGCAUCGAGAUGGAAACAGAAGAGGAGUGGGACGCUAUCAGUCUCAACCCAAACCAGCCGCUAAUAACACGGAAGGUGAAAGGGGGCGUGGUCCUCUGCCGCCGCUGGCUAAGGGGGCGGAGCCUGUACUUCUCCAGGCUGCUAACGAGCCGUGCCCGCUCUCGAUAUUUCUUCCUGGCCUACUUGCUAACAAUCCACGUGCUCGUCUUCAUGUGCCUCACCGGUGCCCUCUAGUAGGUCAUACUGGGAACUGACGUGUGUGGUGGUCAAUCUGAACGCUUUUCUCCUUGUAUCUCUUUUUCUCUCUGUAAAAGAAAAACACAGUGAAACACUAAAAGUGGCAUCAACACAGAUGUCGGAGAGGCUGUUUUAAAGCCAGUACACAUUCAGACACUUAAGCUGUAUUUCAGAUGAAAUGCUUGUCAAGAUUUGAAUUGAUUCUAUUUAUUUUGUUUUUUUAUUGUCAGAAUGAACACAGUGGAUUACCCUUGAUUUUGUAUCACUUUCCCUAAAUGUUAAAAAAGCCUUAAAGCAUCUUUCUUCUCUUGCUUCUCUUUCUAAAAGGAAGAUCAGUUCAUCAGUUUGUUGUCUACAUUUUUUUCUGAUCCAUGUUGAAUAGAAACAGGCAUUUUGAGCUAAUCAUUAAGUUUUUGGAUUUCUAAAAAGAACUAAAUGAAACAUGGAUGUCUGUUCUUUAUAUAAAAAGCCUAAGAAGGUGCAGAAAGCCAUAUCCAUUCUUUGUAAAAACACUACUGAAUGACUUAAGUUUAGGAUCUCAUGCCUCUCAGCCUUGCUCCUGUUCCCAGAACUGGGAAAAAAUGUGCAAAAAUCCCAUCUGUUACCAGGUAUAAUGUUCUGAUACCAUUACCAGUCCUUGAAAUGCAUCAGAUACAGCCUAAAAACAUUGGAUCUGCUAUUUCAAACAAGCUCUGACUUAGCAACAAUCCGAAACCAUAAUUUUAACCCAAGAUUAAACCAGCUUCACACAAUAUGACUUAGUAAUCAAUGAGCGGUGUCAGUGAAGAACAUUUCCAUUAGCUAGGCAUGUGCUGAGCAAAGCAGUAUAACAUUCAAGAUAAUUUUUAUCCCCUACCUCCGCUGCAGAAAUUACACAUCCCAAAGCCUGAGAGCAGAGCUUCAGCUAAUGUUAGCACAGCUGGUUUCAAAGUGCUCUGCCUUUUUUAGGGUAGAUUUUUUAUUGGUCACCAAACCUGGAUUAUCCAUUCUUCAUCCCCAAAACAAACAAACAAACCAGUAAAUCAAAAUAUUCUUAACACUGAAUAAAAGAGCUUCUGGCCUUCAUUUUCAGUUAUUCUGAUAUUGGAGUGCUCUUGUAGUGCAGAAGUCUGCAGAAACAGACACUUUGUCGACAUUUUGCCAAUCAGACCCCAUCAUCAGUAUCAUCGUCGCCAUACCAGGCCGUUUAUAUUUCUACAAUACAUGUAGAUUGCACUCUUGUUAUCACUGCCCCUAUCAAAGUUCGUGGAGACAUCCCUUUACCUACUCACAGCUGACAUAGUUGAGUCUUGAGCUGAGCCAUUGCAGCCCAGAAUGACACAUUCACAGGUGCACAAGUUGUGAAAUGUUUCUUGAAUAAUAACGCAGGUAUUGAGUACUCAAAUACUUGAACUGAUCCCUCAAUUGCAACAACAUUUAUACUGUAAACAAGUAUUUUCUAUAAGAGGGAGGGUGGCAUGAACACAUGUAAGACAGAUGGGUCAGUUAAUUCUACACUAUACAGAGAGAACAUGCACUCAAACCCAGAGUUAGGCAGGGUUUCCAUGAUACCAGUAUUAAUCUUUAAUUUUGCAGGAGUAUAAAGUAAAAGAGAUUGUUAUCUGUUUCAAAAUGUAGGCACCCAAAAAUCAGAGGUGCUAAUUUCUAGUUUUUAAUUCCCAAAAAUUGUGAAAUCAAAAAGAUUAUGGCUAUCAUCAUUCCAGAUUAUUAAACUCCAGCACAGUUCCAGUGAAAAUUAAAUCAUAUCACUACCUUUCUGAAUACAACGGGAUUAAAAAUAGAAGCUUCAGACAUCAAAUAUUUGGUGAGCUCUUGUUUAUUAGGAAAAUUGCAUAUGCAGUUGCAUGUGCAGGAGUUUACCUUCUAUUUUUGAUGGAUCCGUUCGCCUCCUGCAGACUUAUCAUAUGAAAUGGAUGCUUUUAUUAAGGGGACAUGCCAUGAAAAACCCACUUGUUAGCUUUUGCUUAUAUAUGUGGGUAUCCUGAGAUGGAAAGGGGGCUCAAUUUAAGGGGGCUGCAUUUAAAGAGACACCAAAACUGUUUCUGAGAAAGGCUUUUAAGAGCUGGUUCAGCUGGUCAAAAAACCUCAUCUGGUGAUUGAUCUACAGAAUAUUUUGUUUAAGGCAUGGUAUAGAUAUCUCAUUAAGGCUACUGGGGACUGUGUUAAAAGUAUGAAAGGGGUAUGAUAUGUCAUCUUUAAAGUUUUGCACAUUUUGAUAUAAUUGAUCAUCAAAAAUUAAGCUUUAAAUGCAUGGUAUCAAAAAUCAUUAAACAUUGACAACCUGAGAGUCAAGCAAUGUAACAAUGAUGUCAAAGUCAACAAAUUCAGGCAGGUCAGUAAUUAAAGUCUGACUGGUAUCAGAUCAGUGGCUUCCAUGCUUCAGGCAUUGAAGGGUAAUAAUGUUAUCAGAACAUUUUUACUGUUUGUUUUACAUUUAAAUCACAAAUUUCACCACCAGCUGCUCUCUCUCCUGCCUGCCUGGUUUCAUACUUUGCACAUAAUCGCGAUGCUGAGUUAAAACUAUGCACUGAAUCUCCAAAUGUGUAAAUAAUUAUCAUCUCAUAUAAGCUGAGAACACGUCUACACCUCUCCCACUCCCUCCUGUUCUCUCUAACUGUAAAGCCAAAGGUGUGUGCGUGUUCUCACCUCAGCCUUUUCUCUCAUGCCCGGUAAACAAAGAGGGAGACAAUGGCUUCCAAAUAUCCUUAAAUUUUACCACAGUGUCGUGCUGUGCCAUUGAAAAUGGACUGAAGAAAACAGAAAGUAUAAAAGAGUGUAUCUAAGGUGUUGUAUUUAUUUGUGCAUCCUUUGAAGUUUGCUGUAAAGUAUCUAUCAUAGACUGUAUGUAUGUAUAUAUACAUUUCUAUCCUCUCUGCUUGAUGACUGUACAUUUCUUUUUGGUUGUUUAGAGUUAAAAAUAUGACUGAUAAGAGAAUGGGUUUUCACAAUAAGAGCUCAAUUGACAAGCCAAGUAAAGAUGUCUGAUUCCUUUAAAGAGUAAAUUCAAUAACAAAUCUCUUGGCUUGUUAACUGAUGACAUUUUGUAGAAAUGCCCGAUUGUCGAUGGUACCUUGUCCUAAUGAUGUGUACAUAAAAGAGUGAUUACGGGACAAAAAACGAGGAACUCUAUUUAUGAAAAACUACUGAUAAAUUGUUCAGAUGGCAUAUUUUCUCUGCUGCCUCUAUUUUUAAGAGCGAGUGAUGCUGUCGGCCUGUGGAUGACAUGAGGCUGAAUUCUGUGCAAUACUGACAGAGGGGAACUCUUUCAGGUUCACCUCAACAUCUCCAGAGAAGUUUAAUAAAAGCUUAAAAAACUUUUCCUCAUUUUGGCUGUUUGCUGUUUGUUUCUCUCAUAGUUUUUCCAAAUAGCUGUUUUUGUUUAUUUUUUUCA